CAGACCUCUAUCGUUGUUCCUUUCGCCAUCAGCAGAAUCUUGGCCUAGGUGGAUCCCGUAGGCGGCGAAGGCCCAGAGCUGGGAGGCCGAGGCAAUGGAUGUGAAUCAGCCGAAGCAGGAGCAUCUGCUGGCCCUGAAAGUGAUGAGGUUAACCAAGCCUACAUUAUUCACCAAUAUUCCAGUGACCUGUGAAGAGAGAGACUUGCCAGGAGAUCUGUUGAAUCAACUCAUGAAAGAUGACCCUUCCACCGUAAAAGGAGCAGAAACAUUAAUGCUAGGAGAAAUGCUGACUUUGCCUCAGAACUUUGGAAAUAUAUUUCUGGGAGAGACCUUUUCCAGUUACAUUAGUGUACAUAAUGACAGUAAUCAAGUUGUCAAGGACAUAUUGGUAAAGGCUGAUCUUCAGACAAGUUCUCAGCGAUUAAACCUUUCAGCUUCCAGUGCUGCAGUGGCAGAACUUAAAUCUGACUGUUGCAUUGAUGAUGUUAUUCACCAUGAAGUAAAGGAAAUAGGAACACACAUCUUAGUAUGUGCAGUAAGUUAUACUACACAGACAGGAGAGAAGAUGUACUUCAGAAAGUUCUUCAAAUUCCAGGUUCUCAAACCACUAGAUGUAAAAACAAAAUUCUAUAAUGCUGAGAGUGACCUCAGUUCUGUGACAGAUGAAGUAUUUCUGGAAGCUCAGAUUCAGAAUAUUACAUCCUCUCCAAUGUUUAUGGAGAAGGUUUCAUUAGAGCCGUCUAUUAUGUACAACGUAGCAGAACUAAAUACUGUCAACAAAGCUGGGGAAAGCGUCUCUACAUUUGGUUCAAGGACAUAUUUACAACCUAUGGAUACUCGUCAGUAUUUAUACUGCCUAAAACCCAAGCAGGAAUUUGCAGAGAAAGCUGGAGUGAUUAAAGGUGUAACAGUAAUUGGAAAACUAGACAUCGUUUGGAAAACAAACUUAGGUGAACGGGGAAGGUUGCAGACCAGCCAGCUCCAAAGAAUGGCCCCAGGUUAUGGCGAUGUAAGACUUUCUUUGGAGACUAUACCAGAUACUGUAAAUCUGGAAGAGCCUUUUGACAUUACGUGUAAAAUAACAAAUUGCAGCAGUGAAAGAACUAUGGAUCUGGUUUUGGAAAUGUGCAAUACUAAUUCCAUUCACUGGUGUGGAGUUUCAGGAAGACAGCUUGGAAAGCUACACCCCAGUUCAUCCCUUCAUCUUGCACUUACACUAUUGUCUUCAGUACAGGGACUACAGAGCGUCUCUGGCUUAAGACUAAUGGACACGUUUUUGAAGAGAACAUACGAAUAUGAUGAUAUUGCACAAGUUUGUGUAAUUUCUUCAAAAGUAAAAGAACAUUGAAGAAAAAUCCUUUUAACAUUUCCCCUGGAGGUUCUUGGACCAACUUCCUACAUUUUACAUCUGAAUGAUGGCAAAAUCAUGUUUAAAACAUCUGCAAACAAUAUAAGAAUGUUUAUUUGUCUUCUGUGAGCAUUUUUGAAAUGUUUUAAAAUAUGUUUUAAAGAGAACUAUACAUUUUAUCUAUUUGAAAAUAAAAUCUUUAAAGUCUGAAAA